AUGAAUGUGGAGCAGUUCAUUUCCUACCGGUCUCCGCGUUUCUUUGACGAAUUCAAACGGAUUCGAGAGAAAGCGUUUGUUUCAGAAAUAAAACACCUUUCGUUAGCUAGAACAAACCUCAAAAUUCACAAUAAGUCGUAUAUUAGUUGUAUCCAAGUUGAUUCUACCGAAAACAAAUUCCUAGUUUCAGGAGAUAAUAUGGGUCGAAUUCGAUUAUUCAAUUUGCGCAUGUUAGACAACAAGUCCUAUUUUCGAACAGAAAUCGCAAUAUCAAAUAGUGAAGCACAUCCCGAAUGUCACCACAAACGAAUCACUGCUCUUUCUUGGUAUCCGAUUGACAAUGGUUUAUUCGUAUCUGCAAGUACGGACUGUUUCCUCAACAUUUGGGAUACUUCUACCUUCGACAUCAUUUCCAAUUUCAAAUUCAAAGCUCCGAUUCUCGAUGUGCAAAUGCCAUCCGAAGGUUCUUUCACACACAAGCUCAUCGCUGUCUGCAGCUCCUCCCUGGGCGUGACCUUAGUCGACCUGUACUCGGGGAAUCGAACCCAAACAAUCCGUCAAAACCCGGGAGACGCAGCGUGCUGCUGCUGGAAUCCGCUGAAUGAAUUCGAGCUAAUCGUUGGUGAUUCGCGGGGAUACGCGCUCGUUUACGACAUUCGGAAAUCCGCGUUGAACAAUGUGCUGGGCGUUUUAGGAAACAACACUCCAAAAAACAGCCCUGUUCCGAUUUCUGAAACGCCCAUUCAGUCGAUUCAGUUUACUCCGAAUGGAAACACGAUAAUUUGCACGAGUUCCGAGGCAAACCCAAUCAAACUGUUCCGCGGGAAUACGUAUGAUGCGAUCGACAUGCGCAUUGAGGGAGUUUCGCCGUGGGGAAAUGUGAUUCCGAAACCGUGCGUGGCUGGAGAAGGAGACGAAUCGUUUCUCUUUUUCCCGGAUCCAACGAAUUGCGUCGUGAAAUGCAUCGAUUUGUGCAAUGGGAAGAUUGUGAAUUCGCUGCACGGUCAUGUGGACGCGGCGAUUUGCUGCAGUUUUCGACGAUCCCACAACGAAUUGUUGGUUGAAUUGGCGAGAGAAUCAGGCGUAGAUAUUCGGGAGGACGGGAUGGAUUUGUGUUGA